AUGGAAUGCCUAAGGACACUCAUAAUCUUGAUAUGCACAAAGUUUGUGUGCUCUGUGGAUGAUACACUGAACGUUGCAGAGCGCAUUAAUCCCAAGCUGGCCAGGAACAUUGGCUGCACAUGUACGCAGGGUUCCUGCACUUUAUAUCACGUACAGCCAGGAGCAAAGAUUACGAGGGUCAUGAACGGCAACGAACUUGUCUGGGAAGCUGCUCCUGAGGAGAGAUGCAUGUACAUUAUGAUCCACCAGAUUGGCGGUAGGAAGCCUUUGGCGUACCUCAAGGCGAAGAGAAGGUAUUCUGAAUUCAGAUACAACCACUACAAGAUAAUUCAGGACACCUGGUAUGAGAUAACGGAGAGGGAAUAUGACAGUCUCUUUUACCGACUCUCCAAUGAAUGCGUUCUGAAUAUAAGGAACAUUGACCUCUGCACAUUUAUGGUCAAUAGCUACCCCUCGUUUGGAAUGCUGGCACGAAUGUGCAAGUCCUUUUGUGGUUAUGAUAUAAAAACGGUCAUAGAUGGUCCAGAGAUCGUGUGGUCAUCCGACGAGGUGAAGUGUGAGCAUGUCAUUAUCCACGGAGUAGAUGGAAGUCCCAGGUUUGUCCAACUAUUUUUGAGGCACAUAGACCGCUACGAAGUUGCCUAUUUUGAGAUGGGCGAAAACGGCUGGACUAGGAUACACAAGGAGGUAUUCUUCAUGCAACUUGACCUAUUUGAACGGGAAAUGGGACGCGGACUAAGGUCGCUAUUGGAGUACAACGCAAGGAGGACUGGACAUCCGUAG